CCAUAAUUGGUUUAGUUUCUAGCUUGACAGGAAAUUUGUAAACCGAACCGGACCGAUAAGCCAACGAGCGACUAGGUAAGGUUGGUGGUGGCUCCUUCGCAAGUGAAUUUGGUUCCCGAGAAAAUCUAGUGAAACAGAAAGGGAAGAUGGAGACUUCUCUGAGGUAUUCAGCAAACUCGAGGUCACUGAGAAUCCAUGCCAAAGAGAAGCUCCCUGUUAACUCCAAAACUCGUUUGCAGCUUCAUGGAGAGCUAGAUACAAGGGCUGGAGCGCCAAGUUACUUCUGUGCGAUGAUAAGACACUUUUUCCAUGAGGCUUCAACAAAUAUUGGGGUAGGCUUGCAUUACGACAAAAGCGAAAAGCUUCGUGGUUUUGUCCGUGGGAAAAAGAAGUUUCCUGUUAGAACCGAUCAGCUUGUAACCUUUAAUAUCAAAGGAAGAUGUGAUUUUGACCAGGAGUUUAAUCAGAGGAACCCGAAAGGAGCUGCUGAAUUUGAUUUGAACUUAUGGAAGUUUGAGAAAGAUCAGGAUUUACGCCUCAGAGUUGGCUAUGAAAUGUUUGACAAGGUCCCAUAUAUGCAGAUUAGAGAAAACAACUGGACUCUCAACACGAACUUGAAAGGAAAAUGGAACGUGAGGUUUGAUCUUUAAGGAGCAGCAACACACAUUAAAGGGAAGAUUACAUUUUAUAUUUGAUCAUUUUGAAGAAAUGUAUUACUGAUUUAAGAAACCCAAUUUUUUUGUUUAACCAAUUGUUAACAAAUCUAAAGAUCUUUGUUUUGUUAUCAAUUACUUUUACUCUUGCAA